AUGUCACAGCCCUCGCACUCGCGACCCCCCUCGCCCGCGCACUCCGUCGACACGGAGAUGCACGAGCUCAACCACGAAGCGGACUACCUCGAGGAGAAGACGCUCGUCGUGCCCCACGGGCCCAACGGGACCGACGUCAAGCUGCAGCGACACAACAGCGACCCCGACGCGCAGGCGAUGGUCAUCGGCUCGCUGCGGUCGCAGGUCCAGGACCUCUUCUCGCAGGUCUCGCAGCUGAACAACAAGCUCGUGAAGUCGUACGACCGCAUGUCCGACCUCGAGGACGACCUGCACGUCACGACCGCGAACCUGCGCGGCGCGACGCUCAAGAUUGGCGAGCUCGAGCUCGAGCGCGCGCAGCACCUCUCCGCGCUGAGCUCCGGGCUGCUCGUCGAGAAGGACCACGUCACCACGGAGCUGAAUCGGCUGAUGGAGCGCGCGACGGAGGAAGCAGCGCAGCGCGGCCAGGCGGAGAGCGCGCGCGCGGAAAUCGAACAGGAGCUCGACGACCUGAGCGCGGGGCUCUUCAACCAGGCCAACAGCAUGGUGGCGGAGGCCCGCAUCGCGCAGGCGAAGAGUGAGCGGAAGGUGGAGGAGACGGAGCGUGCGCUGCGCGAGGCCGAGGAGGUCGUUGGGCUGCUGCAGACACAGAUGCAGGCUCUGCAGGCGGAGAAAGAGCGUGCGGAUCGGCGAAUGGAGGACAUGCGCGUCACGAUGGGCAAGGGCAAGUGGGUGGACCGGGUGCACGAGCCAAGUCGGGCCAUUCCUCGUCUGCUCUGUUCACAUUCUCCGUACCAAGAGUAUCUGUCCCUCAUCGCCCACCUGCGCUCAAUACGCCCUGCGAGCCAGCACCCGCCAGCUAUGUCGACGCUGCUGCCAUUGCCCUUCUUGGCUCGGCUAGUAACGGAAGACUCUGAUCCGACAGUCCGCCUAGACCUUGCGCCCUCACUCAACUGGUUAUCGCGAAGAUCCGUGAUCUCGGCCAUACACAGUGGAGAACUAUCCAUCGAGCCCAUGUCCACGGCUGCCUUGCUACAAGAACUUGCGCCGUCUACUAUUCCGGGCCACCCGCACAAUACGCACAUCUCAUGCGCUCUCUGUGGCAUGACCAUAAUCUCCCCGUCCAACAGUGCGUCGGGCUCGCCUACCACGGCUACCUUCCCGUCUCCAACAUCCGCCAGACCGUCCCUCAACAACACCUGGUCUGCCUCCCGCUUCAGGAACUCCCUCGUCCACACCCUCUCCUCCGCUCCUGGCGCGCUCGUCCAGUCCCGUAGCCAAUCCCCCGCACCACCUGCACCAGGAACCGACGUCAUGGAGCCUCCUACUCAGGUCUACAUCUUCCGCAUCGCAGCGACGUCCUCGGGGCUUCCAGUCUCGCUCCCGCUCUCGCCCCAGAACACCACUCAAGCGAAGCCGACGAUCUACCCGCUCUGCACGACGCACUGGUGUCUCGCGCGUCUGCGCAUGACGUGUUCGAUGUGGUCGUUUGUCCGCACGGGCAUCGUCGAGAAGAUCUGGGAGGACAGCGUGUACGUCCCCCCUGCCAGCCUACGGGCCGCGCAGUCCCCCGCCGCGAACGCCAACGGGGCAAAAUACGAUGGUGUGAACGGCGCAGCCCAGGCAGACCGGAAGCCUCCCAUCCCUCCGAGGAGAACGAGAAUGGGAAUCGGUGCGCUCUGGGGCUCCGUGCAGCGCAGCCUCAGUAGCGGCAAGGAGAUCGAGGCGGAGAAGGAGCUGGAGAGGAAAGACACAGAAAAGCCGUUGCCGCAGUCGCCCAAGAAGCUCCCUGUCCCGCCGCCCCUACACCCGUCCAUAUCCGCGCCCACUCCCAGUAGGCCGUCCGCCCUCCCGCCGCCUCUCCCCAAACGCAAUCGCGGCCGAGAAGCAGCGACAAAGGAGAUCGCACCGUCGGAACCCGCUGGUACGACUAACGAUGAGCUGCCUCUCGAGCGCGUCAUCUCGGCCGAUCACUUCGCAACGCCUGACGAGGAGCCGUCGUCGUACAUUGACUCCGAUCCUGCCACUGUUCCCCUGCCGCCCACUGCCCCCACCACGCCUGAGCCGGAACAGCCUUCCGCCCAGCCUGAGCAGUCUGGCGACCCAACGCCAGCGGGGGAAGCAGAUCACUCCCGCAGUGGGUCGCCUGCGCCGCCCCCGCUUCCACGUCGUGCAGCUGCACGCCCAAGGCCGGUCUCUGUCGUAGUCCCAGUUCCAGAAUCGGGAGCAGUGGAAAACACGGGUGCUGCGCCAACCGAGCCGAGCGCACCCGCUCCAGCGGAGGACACGCAGUCCGGGGACCAGACCAACGCGCCAUCCGCGGAUGCCAAUGCGACAGAGAGCGAGGUCGUGGAUGCGUCCGGGACAGAAGAGCCGACAGACGGCGGGAAAACUGGACCGGUGGUAGAGCCCCCUGCAGCCGCCGAUGACGCUACGCCGUCAGCAGACCCUUCGACACAAAGCAAGACGGGGGCGCCAGCAGAACAGCCAGAUGCAGUGGAUCAUGUUGAUCCCACUACGACACACGAAGAGUCUAGUGCUGCCCACCCCGCCGCUGAAGACUCGGACGUAGCACCACCUUCGCCCCUCGCCCCUUCAACGAACGGUGUCGUCGACGGCGUGGAGGGACAGUCACUGAAGGACCUUGAGAUGGUUGAUGUGCCCGCGCCGCCCGACCCGGAGACUGAUUCAGAUCUGGAUGCCUCGACAGUCUAUGUGGGCGAUGCGAGCUGGGAGGAGCGCACCUGGAAGGAGCUGACGCGGCUUCGGGAGGACAUGUUCUGGGCGCGGGUUGGUGGUGUGCGAUAG